AUGCCUAUCGACGAGUUCUUGGAAUUUCUGCCAGAGACGGAUAUGUCGAACACGCCACGUCCCGUCAAUGCUUUCAACGAGGAGGCGAGAACGGAACAGCAGAUUUAUAAACUGUUGAUUGCAACGCUUAAUGGCACCAGAACAAGUGCCAGAAAAUCUCAACGUCGAUGUCCUGGAUUCACGUUCAAAGACACGGCCACGUCUGCGACAUCCCGGCUUGGACCCAUCCCUAUUACUUUCCUCUCCGUUGGCUCGCAAAACAAUGACGGUGUCGCCGGGUUCCUGGAUGUAGUCAACUACUUCCUUUCUGCUGAUACUCCUCCACAAGUAGUGACCACGAGUUAUGGGAUGGAUGAAAGCAGUGUUACUCCAGAUCUGGCCACCAACCUAUGCAAUGCAUACAUGCAGCUCGGCGCCCGUGGCGUAUUUCUUCUCUUCUCGUCUGGAGACGGCGGUGUUGCCGGGGUUACAUUCGGGGGCGAAGACUGCAAUGGCUCGAACUUCAUACCCACAUUCCCUGCCAGCUGCCUGUAUAUCACCUCUGUAGGUGCUACCCAAGGAUUUGGUCCGGAGACCGCGGCACCAUACUCGAGUGGUAGCUUCUCCAACAACUUCCCUGCUCCGUCGUACCAAACCACAGCAACAGCCGGUUAUGUACAGGGCCUUGGCAGUACUUACUCGGGUCUAUACAAUCCACAGGGACGCGGGUACCCAGAUGUGUCCGCUCAGGGUACAAACUUUCAAAUCGUCCUGAAUGGAGAAAUUUCCGGCGAGGAAGGCACGAGCGCGGCAUCUCCGACUUUUGCUAGUGUCAUAGCCUUGCUGAACAAUGAACUUGCACUUGCGGGUCAUCCCCCGCUGGGCUUCUUGAAUCCCUGGCUAUAUGGAUCUGCUGCCUCAGCGCUGAACGCUGUCACUUCGGGCUCCAACCCCGGGUGUGGCCACUGGCCUAGGAAUGCCGGACUAUGCGAAACUGAGAACGGCGGCUGCCAGACGGACGAAGGAUAUAAAAGAGGCACCGUUGAGCUCACCCCUCCAGCAAUUCCCAGUCGCUCUGCGUUACUUACCACCUCAUCGUUCUCAAACCUUUAUUUCACUCGUAACACAACACAAUGUCUGAGGCUGAAGGUUCCCGCUGACGUCUUCGCCGAGGCGGCCGGCGACGCCGAGUUGGUAGCCUUCGUUCAAGACGUGCAGGCCGCUGCCGUAGAUUCCAAUAAGCCGUACGCAUUGCGGGUAAUGGGCAACGGCAGGCUCCUGCAGUGGACUCUGGGGCCCUACAGAGGCGUUGCCAACGCCUCCAAGAGGGGUGCUGGAAACUUCCGCGGCGAGGGGACGGGUGGCACGUCCACGGCCAAGACUGGUCGAUUCGCUUUGGACCUUGCACCCAACAGGGCGCACCUUGUUUUGAAGGACAACAGAGGCGUGCUUGUGUUGGACUAUACUGGCGCGGGUUUGGAGAGGGGAUUGGAUGGCAAUUACGAGGGACCGUGGGCUUACUUUGGGUGA